GCUUCUCUAUUAGACAAGCACCUUUUGAUUGAGAAAAAGAAUAACAUUUCACCUCAACACACAGUAUUAUAGUAGUAAUUUAAAGAGAAACUCAAAAGCUGCUAUACAUCAAAUAUAUUGUGCCAUUAAUUCUCCCAAAACUGAACAAAGGUAAUCAAGAGGAAAUUCUACAAACAUGAACAGCAACAGGCCUCAUAAUUUUACACCAUAUGAAAAUUGGAGCAAUGGAGAGUGGCGUGAUCCUAAUUCACAUGGACCUGAGCACAGAUGGCAACCCAUUUUCCCUCGUCCUCCGCCUCCCCGAGAUAUCCCUCAGAAUCCUAGACGUGUCGUUCAUGAUCCAUGGUUGCCUGUAACAGAGAGACCAUUUCUAGUACCUACUGGUGCAACAAGUUAUCCAUAUCCAGGCCAACCACGACGUAGGCUAACUCAUCCUCCUGUUCGCGUUCUAGUCCAUAAUGAUGAUGUACCAAGACAUGGAUCAUAUCAGAGACCAAGCCAACUUCCAUUUGAUUCUCCUCCUCCUCCAUGGUUUAUGCAGAGCAAUGAAACGUCGAGGGAUGAAUCAAAAUUGAGCCCAAAUGAGCAAAAGGCAACCUUGAAUAAGCUCAAGAAAGAAAUCUACAAUCCUGUACAAGCAAAAAUUGCAAAACAAGUUGGCCUUUACUUUAGAGGCUUGAACAAUAACAUGAACAACACUACCACCAACGAAUCGAGCAAGGAUGAGGAUGGCAAAAGAUGUUCAAUUUGCUUAGAAGAUUUUGAGCCUAAAGAAAUGGUGACAGUCACACCAUGUAGUCAUAUGUUCCACGAAGACUGCAUCGUUCCAUGGGUGACAAAUCAUGGCUCGUGCCCUGUCUGUCGAUUUGCUAUCUGUGAAAGAAUGAAACAGGACACAACAGACUCAUCGGCGCCAAGGACUAGUAGAGCAACAAACACAAUGCCACCACAUGAACUGAUGAUGGAAAGGAGCCUGAUUUCUAUAAUGAGAGCAUUUGAUGAAACUUUUGAAUUGGAUCAAAUUAGAUCCCUUCUCUUACCAAGAUUAACAAGAGGCUAAGUGGGGUUGCUUAAAUUUUUAGGCUAAUGUUACUACUUGCCUUUGGUUUAUUACUUGUAUGAACACACAAAGAGAACAUGUAUUUGUUCUGUCUUACAAAUGAAUUAUAUCUUACUUUAAUAAAAAAAAUGUAUCUUUCACAACUUGAUGUAUGUACAUGUUUUGAUAAGGUCUAGAUUCUUGUA